AUGGACGUUGAGCAGAUGUUUCACAAUUUCAAAGUUCCUGAAGACCAGCAUCGUUACCUGUGCUUUCUAUGGCACUUGGACAAUGACUUGAAUCAGCCAUUAGUUGACUUUCAGAUGACUGUUCAUGUAUUUGGCAACAGUCCUUCGCCGGCAGUUGCAACAUUUGGUCUCAGGAAAGUAGUCGAGGGAUCGGCAGAAGAUAUAAGGGAUUUGGUGUGUAACAACUUCUACGUUGAUGAUGGUCUUUUGUCCAGUACAACAGAAGAGGAGGCCAUAAGUCUUGUGCAUCGGACCAAGAAAGCCUUACAAGAUGGUGGAAACAUUAGACUCCACAAAUUUUCCUCCAACAGUAGGAAAGUAUUAGAUUCAUUCGCCCCAGAUGACCUGGCCAAGAACUUGAAAGAUCUCGACUUUGGAUCAACUGCCCUCCCAACACAACGAAGUUUAGGAUUGUUAUGGAACACAGAGAUGGACAAAUUUACAUUUAAGGUUAACCCAGUGGAGAAAGCCUACACAAGACGUGGACUGUUAUCUACCAUAAACAGUGUGUAUGACCCUAUUGGAUUCGCUCAACCUGUGGUUAUCAGAGGGAAGCUAUUGUUACGCGAGAUGACGUCCGUAACAAUGAAUACAGACUGGGAUGAGCCGUUACCCGCGUUUUUACAUGAUGAGUGUGGCGUAUCUAAACUUCAGGACAAUGACAUGUUUAGUACCAGUUUCCUGCUUGGGAAGGCCAAGGUUGCCCCAGUCCAUGGGCAUACUAUUCCACGGCUCGAGCUGUGUGCGGCCGUAUUAGCUACAGAAGUUGCCGAGUUUGUGAGAGAUCAGCUGAACAUUCCGUCGCAGGACUUUCGUUUCUUUCCAGACAGUCAGAUAGUGCUAGGCUAUAUCUCGAAUGAAAGUCGCAGAUUCUAUGUUUAUGUUGGGCACAGAGUAGCAUGCAUUCGUCUGUUUAAUCAUCCUUCCCAAUGGAGGUUUGUUCAGUCCGAGCUUAAUCCAGCUGAUGUUGCUACCAGUCCUGUGCACCCUUCUACUCUUCAAGAUUCAAGCUGGAUUCUUGGACCGCACAGUUCGCUCAGUACUUCAACUGAGGACUUUAAAUUAGUGGAUCCAGAGCAUGAUAUCGAGAUUCGCUCAGAUGUUACCUGCAGCAAGACUGACACAGCAGAUGUCACACAGUCAAAUCAUGAGGAAAAACCUUCAACUUGUCAGACAGAAGUGUUUUCUGAGAGAUUCACUAGAUUUUCUAGUUGGGACAUGCUCGUACGUGUGGUUGCUCGCUUGAAGUUCAUGACUAGACAGUUUCAGAACAAAAACAAGUUAUCUGGUGGUCCUAGUGACCCAGAACUCUUGAAGGAGAGUGAGCGCUCCAUCAUAGUAUCUGUUCAGAGAGACGUGUUCAGUGCAGAAUUUCGGUGUAUAGAGGAUGGGACUGACAUUCCGCGUUCUAGUGCAAUCAGACCUUUAUGUCCAAGAAUUGUUGCAGAUGGACUGCUACAUGUUGGUGGACGAUUGAACAAGGUACCUGCGGAUUUGCUAGAUGAUGUCAUGCGCAACCCUAUUAUCCUACCGAAGAACAACCAUCUCAGUUACCUCAUCAUACGUCACUUCCACCAGAGGAUAUUUCAUCAAGGCAGACACUUCACAGAGGGAGCUGUACGUUCCGCUGGAUUCUGGGUAGUGAGUUCGAGACGGAUGACGGUUUCAGUAAUAAAGAGCUGUAUUGUGUGUCGUAGACUUCGUGGACAUCCAGGAUGGCAGCAUAAGGCAGAUCUUCCGGAAGAUCGUUGUAAACCAUGUCCGCCAUUUUCUUAUGUGGGUGUCGACACCUUUGGCCCAUGGCCUGUUGUGCAUCGCCGAACCAGGAGUGGAAGUUCAAGUCAGAAACGUUGGGCUAUUCUGUUUACCUGUUUUGUGACUAGGGCGAUUCACAUUGAGGUUAUUGAAGAACUUACCAGUGGUGCAUUCAUAAAUGCUUUGAGGCGUUUUAUCGCAGUCCGUGGUCAAGUCACACAGUUCCGCUCUGACAGGGGGACAAAUUUCGUCGGCGCAGUGAAUGACCUCGACAUUGAUGCUGAAUUCAUAGAAAAUGGUCCUGUUUCCAAGUUCCUGUCAGAUUCUAGGAUUGCUUGGAAAUUCAAUCCCCCACAUGCCCCUCACAUGGGAGGUGCAUGGGAAAGACUCAUCGGUGUUUCAAAGAAGACUUUGAACGCUAUGCUACUGGAUCACAGACUGAAGGACAUCACACAUGACGUACUGAUUACUUUAAUGGCUCAGGUGUGUGCUUUUGUUAACAAUAGACCGUUAACAGAUGUUUCAAGUGACCCAGAAGCUCCGACAUUACUUACCCCAUCAAUGCUUCUGACAAUGAAGACCAAACAGGACACCGAGCCUUUUCCGUCAUUUGGUACCAAGGACGCUUUAAAGUCUACAUGGAAGCAUGAGCAAGUGUUGGCCGAAGAAUUCUGGCAUAGAUGGAAAACAGAGUACCUGCAUAACUUACAACAUCGUAGGAAGUGGCAAGGCCAAUCCUUAAACUUAAAGCCCGGUGACUUAGUGUUAAUGAUGGAGGAUGACUCUCCGCGCAACGAGUGGCCCACCGGUAUCAUACAAAGGACAUUCCCUAGUCAAGACGGAAAGAUCCGUAACGCUGAAGUUGCAGUUUGUAAGGACAACAAACUUGUGGUGUAUGUGCGACCGAUCACCCGACUUAUCACCCUUCUAGAGACUGAUUGA